AGUACAGGACAGAAGAGAUUCAGAAGAUGAAGACUUCAAUGGCAACCUUGGCUUUAUGCCUCGUCCUCCUCCUGCCUGUGGACGCUCUCAGCACUCCUGAAGCUCCUCAACCCAUGACAAUGAUGAAAAUGAUGAAAAUGAUGAAAAUGAUGGAGGCCAGAAUGACCAAGACUGAAAUGAAGAUGGAGUACAUGGAGAAAGAGAUGAUGGGUAAGCGUGUGGCAUUUGGAGCAGCUAUCGGCGAUGUUGGAGAUGUUGGACCUUUUCCCGAUGAAGUCACCCUGACCUACACUACGGUCUUCUCAAACACAGGCGCAUACAACCCUGCAUCUGGUAUUUUCACCGCUCCAGUCAAAGGAGUCUACUACUUCAGCUUCUCUGGCCAUAAUCGUUCAACUAGACCAAUGGGGCUGCGGCUGAUGAAGAAUGGAAUGCAGAUGGUUUCUGUGUACAACCAUCCAGCUGGAGACCGCUUCAACACGGCAACCAAUGGCAUUACCCUACAGCUUGAAGUGGGAGACCAGGUGUACAUGAGACUCCUGGCAAACACCUGGAUCAUUGAUAAUGUCAAUAGCGACAGCACCUUCAUUGGCCAUUUGUUAUUCCCUAUGUAAGUGAAAGGAGAAUGCAGUGGUUGCUAUCUAAACUGAUAAAACUAAGUUCCAACAUUCCCUUUAAUUUUAGCUUUGAUUAUGGUGCCUUCAAAUGGGGUCGUGUUUACCGUGUUC